AUGACAUCAUCGGAAAGUAAUAAAAAAGAUCCGGCAUGGCAACAUGCCCAUUUGGUAGAGGAGAAUAAUUUAAACAAGCUUGAGUGUAAUUUUUGUGGUAAAGUAUCAAAUGGAGGUGUUUAUCGGGUGAAACAACACCUCGCGGGAGGUUAUAGGAAUGUCACUGCUUGCCCGAAGUGUCCAGCUCAUGUAAGAGAAGAGAUUAGAGAGUUCAUGUCAAAAAAGAAGACACAAAAAGAAGAAAUGAACAUGUUGCCUGAUUUUGAUGACAUGGACAUGGGAGAUGAAAAUGAAGAUGAAGAUGUUGUUGAGAUCAAUGUCAAUCAACGUAGUAAGUUGACAAGUAGCGGCCAAGGUUCAUCCAAAUCCAAAACCAACUUAAAAAUGCCAAAGAGAAAAGGGCCUAUGAAUGUUUACUUCACACCCAAUCCUAAAUCAGUAGUGAAAAAUCGAAGAGACCAAGCAAAAGGGAAGCAAACCAAAAUUGGUGCGAAUGACCCUUACAAAAAAGAAAUGAGAGCUCGAGCAGUGCAAAGAUUUGCAAGGUGGAUGUAUGAUGCUGGUAUUCCUUUUAAUGCAGUAAAUUAUGAGAGUUUUGGACCAAUGAUUGAAGCCAUUGGGCAAUAUGGUCCCGAUAUGAAGCCACCAACUUACCAUGAAAUGCGGGUUACCCAACUCAAAAAAGAGGUGAAACAUACUGAAGAUUUGAUGAAGAAUCAUAUAGAAGAUUGUGCAAAAUACGAGUGUUCCAUAAUGGCUAAUGGCCGGACUGACAAGAGAGAAAGGACAUUGAUUAACUUUUUAGUUAAUUGUCCAAGAGGAACCAUGUUUGUUGAGUCAGUUGAUGCUUCUAGCUAUUCAAAGGAUGAGCAGAAGCUAUUUGAAUUACUAGACAAAUUUGUGGAGAAAUUUCAGCUCCUACAGCUGGUUUGGAAACACAGGCCAGGAAAUGGCGAACAAACAGCUCAUACAAUCUCUGUUAUAGAGAAACAAAUUUCAUACGGUUAUCCGAGUGAUUAA